UAUAUAAGCUCUAAUGUUUUUCAACAGCGUUUAAUUAAAUGCAGUUGUUAGGUACGUUUAUGACGAGAGUUAGACUUAGCAAUGGCUUUGCUAAAGGUAGUUUUUUUAUUCGUUUUUAUUAGCAGUGCUAAUGCCUGGUUCAGUGGAAAAAGCUCUAACGAGUUGAAUGGUGUCUUUGCUGCGAAAAAUCCUUGUAUAACUGUACCAUUAGGGGGCGUAGAAUGGAUUCUUGCUCAAAGGAGACCAGACUAUGGAUGGAAGCAAGAUACUCAUCGAGCUAUCAUCGCUUUGUCCGUCAAUGGAUGGAAGAAUGUACCUAAAUCGGAGAUUCUCCAGUCAGAAUUACAACUCUGUGUCGAGAUUACAGAUGCACUUAUGAGAGAUACAUUAUAUCCAAUGAAUGCAAACGAUUUAGCUCUUUAUGUGCAGUCUCUGAUUGCAAUUAACAAGAAUCCGAGAAAUUUCCAUGGCUUCGAUUUAGUAGGCAAACUGCUCAAGUUGGUAAAGGAGAAGAAAGAUAAUCAUCCUUUCCUAGUACUGGCUCUCUGCGACGCGAAUGCAGCAACUCUAGAUCAUUUCUCUAGUAUCCGGGAAUAUUCGAAGAAUGAAAAAGCUUCACAGUCCAGGCUUAAAUAUGAUUACGAAGCUUUGGCUCUUAAAGCUUUUGCCUGUGGAAGAUUGAGCGAACAUCUGAAAAAGUACGGAAAUGAAAUUGAUCGUUCCGUUAGAAACUUGAUCAGUCGUCAGAAUGACGAUGGAAGCUUCGGAAAUAUUUAUACUACAGCCCUGAUUGUCCAGGCUCUAAUAGCGAGUGGAACAAACCAUCGGUGGAAGAAAGACGAAGCCUUAAGAUACCUGAAGAAGGCAUCAACAGCCUAUACGAACAUGGUGUUUGCUUAUUACAUAGAGCUGGCUCUUAAUGCAGAUUCUGUCCCAUUUAUCAAAAGUCUUCACCCGGAUCUUAACACAGUUCCACAAGCCCCGCCAGCUAAUAUUCCAAGCAAAUUCUUGCAUUAUUCACUUAGGAGUAGUGACUAUCCAGAUGUCUAUUAUACUAUUGGACUUAAAGUUCCUCGAAGUGCAACAUUCUUUGAUGUUAUGAAAGAUUCUACUGUCUGGAACCCUCUUUUCAGGUUUAAUGCUACCAUCGAUAGGUAUGGUAUUCCUCACGUUUAUUCAAUCUCUGGUAAGCCUAAUGAUGCAGAAGCGAAUCUUUAUUGGCGACUCUGCAAGCAACGGAAUAAUGAUGCAGCUCUCAGGAGUGUUAAAGAAGCUCCUAUACAUGUUCAAGUGGAAGAAGCUGAUUAUUUUAUCUAUUGGUAUACAGACAAGUCAUGUGAGCAACUUUAAUGGACUGUUAAUUUUAAGAUUGAAAUUAAAUCUGUUUAAACUUGGA